GCGGCGCCGGGGCGGUGCGGCGCUGACAGGUGGAGACUGCCCUUCCCGCGCCGUCCCAGUGGCUGCAGGACGAGGUGUGAGAAAGGGACGAAGAGGAGGAGGAAGGGCGGGUGAAUGAUGUGGCUGAAUCGGCAAUUCCUGCUGCUUACAGAUGGGUGUGUAUGAGCGACUUGUGGCAUCACACGGUUAUAAAGUCAGCUGAGCACAGAAAGAAAAAUAAUAUUGCACUUACAUUUAGUGCUUUGGUUGCUGUCAAAGGGCAAGCGAGCACCUGAAGGAGAAGUUGCUGUAAAGUGGUACUGCUAAUCGUCUUGUCCUUCUGCUUGGCUGGCUUAUGUGUCCUGCCACACCGCCAUCGGACUGCCUGCAUGGUGUCUUCCUUCCUGCUCCUCUUACCUGUCUGGCACCGUGAGUAUCGCCGAGUAUCUCUGCCUGAGUAUUUCUCUGUGGCAGAAACAGAGAGAGGAAGGUUUGUGCCACCUCUCUGAGCACAGCAAGCACCUCUGCGGCAUGCUGUCCCCAUCCUGUUCCUCCGUGCUGCGCCAAGUAAGCAAGUCAAGGAGCCACAGCCUCAAAAAUCAACAAUAGCACUGUCUGGCUUUCAUGAAUGUAGAUCGGACUUUGCUUUUUAUAACUCCCAACUGCUGCAGAUAGCAAAUCUUAAGCUUCCUUAACUAUCCUAUGUUUACCUGAGUUUAUGGCUUAGCUGCUAUUGUGUAGGGUUUUCUACAUGUCCAUGCAGAUACUCAGAAAAAGAGUAUGCAUGUGCAGGAUAUGUAACCUCAAUAAAUCUAAGAGAUCUGGGUGGACCCAGCAGAUAGGGUCAGUGCGGCCCCCCAAUGCAUUAUGAACCUAAGAAAGGAAAACCAGAAGUUGAUUGACAGUGAAAAUAUUUUCUGACAGUUUUGAGAAUUAAGUACAAACUGUGUAGAAGAGUUGGUAAAUGUAUUCCUUAAACCUUAGAAGUCAUAUUUGAGAAAAGUUUAAGCGGCUUGCUGUUUAAGUAAAAUAUGGAAUAUAAUAACAGAAGUUAGAUAUUCUGUACUUUCUCUUCUGCUUAGGUAAAACACUGCAUUGUUGAGCCUAUUUUGCCAAGAAUUGCUCCACAAUUAUGAUGAAAAACAAUGCUAAAUCACUGUAAAGAUAAACCUGCUAAGCAAACAACAGAAAAAGCAAAAUAAAACCUGACUCAUUGGUCUCAUAGAUCUUUACAAUGCACCCCACCCCCUGAAAAGAAAUAAUCACUGUAAUCUUUAAAUAGACUUGUAGUUUCCACUUAAUUCUUCCUGAGUUUUGUCUUUGAAAAUGGUGACUUAGUCUCCUUUACAAAUUUGUUUUGUGUAUAAAUCUGAUUUUACAUAUAUAUAUGUAAUAUAUACACAUAUAUUCAAAAUAGAAAAGCUGAGUAAGUUUCAUUCUGCUUGGUUCCGGCAGCUUCCUUCUUUGUGCAUGUGAACUUUGUCAGUGUUCUUGUCCUCUUUCACUGUAUGAGUGAAAUGUUGGCGUAAUUUGCAGUAUUAUUUUAGUGCAGGUUUGUACCACUACCAGUGGUAGACUGAGACAGAUUUCUCUAGACUGAGGAAAUAAUUGGAAAAUGUGUUAUAUCUCUGAAGAUUCAUUAUAUUACUUUCUCAAUCUUAAUCCUUUGAUGAAAAUAUAGUAAGUUUCUCACAGUAUCUUUCUUACAGUCACACAAAUGCACGUUUGUGACUCCUAAAUACAAUGAAUACAAUGUCACAGAACAUUUUAAGAGCUCAGAUCAGUAUCUUAAAAGGGCUUACUGUCCUCUGUUUUUUCUUUUUUCCUUUUCUUUUUUUCUGAUGCAGGAAAUGAGAAACUGGAAUUAUUUACAGAAGAACCUUCAAUGUUCAUAACUUCAAUGUUCUAACUUCCUUCUGGCAUGAAUAAUCAGAAGUAGAGCCUCCAGAAUGUGUGUGUUGGACUAGUGUAUCCAUUCUGCAGUAAAAAAAGCAGACUAAUUUGGCAGAAUUCACAGGAGAGUGGUAGGACCUGCAAAACAGGACUUGAGGAGAGCAAGUGAACAAUUUGGCCUUAUUCUAGAGAAGGGAUAGGGCAGAAAUCUUAGUCGCUGUUCCAAGAAGGAAACGAAUGUCUUCUUGAGUGUAAACUGGUUCAAGGAAGAUUUAGGCUAGAUAAUACACAAUAUGUUCUAGCAGAUUGGCAAAAUGAACAUACUGGAUAUUUUUGGACAUUGCUUCUGUUGAACUUGAUUUUCAGGACUAUGAAACUAAAACUUUUCCUCUUUCCUUUUAACAGAUCUUUGUGUUCAAGGACAUAUUUCUUUGCAGAUCAGGAAAUAUCUCAUGACAAACAAACAUCAGUGUUUCACAAUUGCAGCGUGUUAUUUCCUUGUAUAUUGUUACAAAUUAGGUACUGCAUUUCUUCUAGAUCAGGAAGGCAUGUUAGCAUUUUUGAUGAUGAGGAAGAGGAGAUGAUACCCAGUGUGGAAUUUAUUUAUAUUUUUUCAUAGGAAAAUUGUGAAUUCCAUUGUUUUCAUAGUGUAGAGAUGCACUGCUAAUACAGCCCAGGGAAGCUGUGAUGUAACUGAGAGAAGGUGAAACAGUCACUCUAGUCAGGUUUGAAUGUAGUCAGAGCUCAUUGUGUGAAUGAAGUUAUUUGGGCCUUCUUCAUUUAUUUUUACCCAGCGUGUCAAAAGGGUGGAUGGAGGGAGUUCCUUGUAUGGUCGGUGUUUUAAACCAUUCCUGUAGUAUCUGCCUGUCACAGAAAAUCAAUAGUAACUGCAUACUACCUGUAUAGCUAUGUGUAGUAUCUGGUAUUUAAAUUCCAGAGUCAAAAUCCUGUGAGGGUUAAGUUGAACUUCAUGUUUCUUUGGGAUGUAUUGGGUGUGGAUUGAGAGGAGUCUUGGGGGGAGGGCUCUGCUUUAAGAUCAAGUUUUAGGAACAAAAGGGAUUGUCAGAGAUGAGAAUGCAACAAAUAAAUAUUCUUGCGUCUGAAGGCUGUGGUUAACAUAGCCUGUCAGAAGCAAAGUAGCCAGUUUCUGAAGCAAUGCUAGAGAAAAUACAAGAGUUUGUGUGUUGCUAUCAAAGCAUCUUUAUGUGUCUGUGGUUUUCUUCCCCCCAUUUCCUGUCAGAUGUUGUGAAAUUAGGAGGGAUCCUGAUGACUUUGUUGGCUGCUUGGUACUUGGGAUACUUAUUCGCUGCUCUUUUAGCCAAAAAGACAAUAACACCUAUGGCUGAUCUUCAAGACAUUGGAAGGAAACCAGUGUUGAGGGCCCCAGUCCCAAAAAGACAGAAAUGUGAUCACUGGUCUCCCUGCUCACCUGGGAGCUACGCCUAUCGGAUUCUUAGUGGUGGUGGCAAAGGAAAGCUGGCUAAAAUUUGUUUUGAGGAUGAGCUGCUUAUAAGCGAAGAGAAGGGUAAUGUUGGAAGAGGUAUAAACAUUGCCAUUGUGAAUUACAAAACAGGAAAAGUUACAUCAACAAAAUUUUUUGACAUGUGGGAAGGAGACCACUCAGGAGAGAUGAUGACUUUCAUUAAAAAUGCACCAGAAGAGUCCCUCCUUUUGAUGGUGACUCAUGAUGAUGGAAGCACCCGGUUGAAAAAUGACACCAAAAAGUUGGUAGAAGAGCUGGGAAGCAAAGAAAUAUGGAAUAUGAAGUUCAGGUCAAGUUGGGCUUUUAUAGCUGCCAAAGGCUUCAAGCUGCCAGAUGACAUCCAAAAAGAAAAGAUAAACCACUCUGACGAGAAGAAGAACAGAUAUAAUGGCUGGCCAGCUGAAAUUCAAAUAGAAGGCUGUAUCCCAAGAAACUUGAUCUGAACAAAUGCAUACCUCAUUAAUAAAGAUGAUUUUGUAUUUUUGUAUCUAUGACUCUAGUAAAUUGCCUCCAGAACCCAA